AUGGCAAACAACAAGGAACGCCAGGCCGAAGAGGUCCACGUAUCGGGCCAAUCCAACAAGCCACUCUCGCAACCCCCGCAUGCCUUGACCGUCGAUGCCGUGGUCGCUGAGCUUUCCGUCAAUGUCACAGAUGGUCUGACGUCCGAAGAAGCAGCGAAGAGACUGGCAGAGUAUGGGCUCAACCAGCUGGACGAUGGUCCCGGCGUCCAACCCGUCAAGAUUCUCAUCAGACAGAUUGCCAAUGCCAUGAUUCUGAUCCUGAUCAUUGCCAUGGCCGUCAGUUUCGCCAUCGCAGCGUGGAUCGAGGGCGGAGUCGUCGCGGCUGUCAUCUUCCUCAACAUCGUCAUUGGUUUCUUCCAGGAGUUCAACGCCGAGAAAACCCUCGACUCGCUGAGAUCGCUCAGCUCGCCGACGGCAAGCGCUAUCCGCAAUGGAAAGAACGAGACCGUGGCCACGGCGCAUCUGGUCCCCGGAGAUCUGGUUGAGCUGAAGACGGGUGACGUGGUACCAGCGGACAUCAGGCUGAUCGAGGUUAUGAACUUCGAGACGGACGAGGCUCUCCUGACGGGCGAAUCGCUCCCCGUCCAGAAAGACUUUGCGACUACCUUUCCUGCGGAAACCGGUCCCGGAGACCGUCUGAACGUGGCCUACAGCUCGUCCACCGUCACCAAGGGGCGCGCCCGUGGCGCAGUAUUCGCAACUGGCAUGAAGACUGAGAUUGGGUCCAUCGCUUCCGCACUUCGAAAAUCCGGGAACAAGAAGCGAGAGCCCAAGCGGAAGGCAGACGGGAAGGUGAAACCGCAUCGGUACAUGCAAUUCUGGGGCUUGGUCGCAGGUGACUUCAUUGGUCAUUUUCUGGGAGUCAAUGUGGGAACACCGCUCCAGCGCAAGCUUUCAAAAUUCGCUAUCCUGCUAUUCGGGAUCGCAGUCGUGUGCGCGCUUAUCGUCAUGGGUGCGAACAAGUUCUCCGACAAUAAAGAGGUAGGAGCCCUCGAGGCUGCCAACCAAUCAGACGCUGACCGCCUGAGCCAGGUUAUCAUCUAUGCUGUCGCUACUGGAUUGUCCAUGAUCCCCGCCUCGCUCAUUGUCGUCCUCACCAUCACCAUGGCUGCGGGGACCAAGCGUAUGGUGGAGCGUCAUGUCGUUGUCCGCAAACUCGAUUCAUUGGAAGCAUUGGGAGCUGUGACAGACAUCUGCUCCGACAAGACAGGGACACUCACCCAAGGAAAGAUGGUGGUGAAGAAGGCUUGGAUUCCUUCGCGGGGAACAUUCUCGGUUGGCCAAUCCAACGAUCCCGUGGACCCGACCGACGCCCAGCUUUCCUACAGUCCCAUCCCCCCAUCGCAAUCAGUCCCCAGUGUUCCGGGGGAGUUCGUUCCGGGGGAGAAGAAACCAGUCGACGACGAUACCCCCAAGACCUACCAAGAGCUGUUGGACGAACAUCCCGAGCUGGAAGGCUACCUCAACAUCGCCACGCUAGCCAAUCUCGCCAAGGUCCACAAAUCCGAUGAGGGCUGGAAAGCUACCGGUGAUCCGACCGAAAUCGCCAUCCAAGUGUUCGCAGCCCGUUUCAACUGGCAGAGAGAGCGCUUUACAACGGGCGAGUCGCCCAAGUGGGAGCAAAUCGCCGAAUUUCCCUUUGACUCGACCGUCAAGAAGAUGAGCGUCAUCUUCAAGUCCGCCGAAAAGGCCAUGGUCUUUUCCAAGGGUGCCGUGGAGCGCGUCAUCCAAUCUUGCCCUCUCAUCCAACGGGACUCGGGCGCCGAGCCGGUCGAGCUGACCGAAGAGAUUCAAUCCGAGAUCUUGGCCAACAUGGGAGCUCUGGCCUCCCAGGGCCUUCGAGUCUUGGCCCUCGCAAACAAGGAGUGGCAUGGACCGAUGGGCAAGAACGAACAAGAGAAUCGCGAGGAGGUCGAGACGGAUCUCAUCUUUCAAGGCCUGAUCGGUAUCUACGAUCCGCCCCGACCCGAGUCCGAAGGUGCCGUGAAGGAGUGCCACCAAGCCGGCAUUGUGGUGCACAUGUUGACGGGUGAUCAUCCGGGGACCGCAAGCGCGAUCGCUCGCCAAGUCGGCAUCUUGCCAGCUAACAUCGGGGACCUGUCGAAGAAGAUGGUGGAUGCGAUGGUCAUGACUGCGAGUCAGUUUGACAAGUUGAGUGAUGAGGAGAUUGAUGACCUGCCGGUCUUGCCGCUGGUCAUUGCGAGGUGCUCGCCGGAUACGAAAGUACGGAUGAUUGAUGCGCUGCAUAGGAGAGAUUGCUUUGCUGCGAUGACUGGGGAUGGUGUCAACGAUUCACCCUCGCUCAAACGUGCAGAUGUCGGCAUCGCAAUGGGACAAGCCGGUUCUGAUGUGGCCAAAGACGCCUCCGACAUUAUCCUGACGGACGACAACUUCGCCUCGAUUCUCAACGCUGUCGAAGAAGGCCGCCGCAUGUUCGACAACAUCCAGAAGUUCAUCCUGCAUCUGCUCGCUCAGAACAUCGGGCAAGCAUGCACUCUGCUCAUCGGGCUCGCGUUUAAAGACGAGGAAGAUCUCUCCGUCUUUCCGCUCUCCCCCGUCGAGAUCCUCUGGAUCAUCAUGAUCACGUCCUCGCUCCCUGACAUGGGCCUCGGCUUCGAAGUGGCGGCGCCUGACAUCAUGCAGCGGCCGCCGCAGUCCCUCAAGACGGGCGUCUUCACCAUGGAGAUCAUGGUGGACAUGUUGGUCUACGGGCUCUGGAUGGCCGCGCUGUGUCUCUCCUCCUUCUCCGUCGUCCUCUUCGGUUUCAAUGAUGGCAAGUUCGGCAUCGGCUGCAACGACUCCAUCGACCAGGGCUGCUACAACGUGUUCCGGGCGCGGGCUACGACUUUCGUCUGCAUGACCUGGUUCUCGCUCUUCCUGGCCUGGGAGAUGGUCAACAUGCGUCGCUCCUUCUUCCGCAUGCAGCCCAAGUCCAAGAAGUACUUCACGCAGUGGGCCAUUGACAUUUGGCGCAACAAGUUCCUCUUCUGGUCCAUCGCGGCCGGCUUCAUCACCGUCUUCCCCACCCUCUAUAUCCCGGGCCUGAACGACCGCGUUUUCCGCCACGAGGGCAUCUCCUGGGAGUGGAUCGUCGUCGUCGUCGAGACUAUCCUGUUUUUCGCCGGCGUCGAGUCGUGGAAGUGGGGCAAGCGCAUCUUCUUCCGCCGCCGGGACCGGGGCUUCGGCUACACCAACAAGGACCUCAGCGUCAGUGUCUUCUCGCGAUAUAACACCGAAGAGGUGCCGCCCGAGUCCAAGGGCGUGCGUGGCUCGCGGAUUGUUUAG